GCCACAGGAGCUAGUACUUCAGCUAGCUUCAUUAGCUUACGUUUCCUAAGGUUACUGACAGCUCCCCAGCUCAUGUUGGCGGACGUUCUCUGUGGUUAGAUGGUUUAGUCCCCACCGACAGUCGGUAUGGCAGAGGAGGAGGGUUUAUCAGCGACCCUUCUGACAGAGGGAAUGAAACACAGCGAUGGCGGCUUCGUAGCCCCUGACGGUUUAUGCUGGGUGUCGGUGCUGUCCUGUCUGCUGCUCGCCUGCUCGUAUGUUGGGAGUCUGUACGUGUGGAGGAGUGACCUGCCGAGGGAUCACCCUACCGUGAUUAAGAGACGCUUCACCAGUGUCCUGAUUGUGUCGGGUCUUUCACCUCUCUUUGUGUUGGCAUGGAGAGAAUUCACAGGUGUCAGGACUGACUCAUCGUUAUUUGCUCUCAUGGGGAUCCGGAUUGAAGGCCUCAUUCCUGCCAUCAUACUUCCUCUGGUGCUCACCAUGGUCCUGUUCUUGGGCCCCCUUAUGCAGUUGGCCAUGGAUUGUCCCUGGAGCUUCAUGGAUGGGAUCAGGGUAGCCUUUGACCCGUGUUUCUGGACGUUGUGUUUCAAUGACAUGCGCUGGUUGAGGAAUCAGGUGGUUGCACCAUUGACAGAGGAGCUUGUCUUCAGGGCCUGCAUGCUGCCCAUGUUGGUGCCGUGUGCUGGCCCUUCUGUGGCCAUUUUCACCUGCCCUCUCUUCUUUGGAGUAGCUCACUUUCACCAUGUGAUCGAGUUGCUGAGGUUCAGACAGGGAACGCUGUCAGGAAUCUUCCUCUCUGCAGGGUUCCAGUUUUCCUACACAGCGGUGUUUGGGGCCUACACUGCCUUUAUCUUCAUCAGAACAGGUCACCUGAUUGGCCCGGUCCUCUGCCAUUCCUUCUGCAACUACAUGGGUUUCCCGGCCGUCAGCACAGCCCUGGAGCACCCCCAACGCAUCAUCGUCCUCUCCUCCUACCUGCUGGGGGUCCUCCUCUUCUUCUUCUUCCUCUUCCCCUUCACUAACCCCUUCUACUAUGGCCUCCCCACACCAGUCUGCACCCUUACCUCCUACCCCAGCUCCCUCUGCCUCUCCUGAUACUUGCCCCCCACCCCCACCCCACCCCACGCACACUUGAUGAAACAGUCCAGUGUUUUUUGCCAAGUUAGAGAUCAGCUCCGGUCCUGUGGGGGCUGACGGCGCUAGCCAUGUGGGCAUAUUUGUCAUGGAGAGGUGAGGAACUCUGUAGCCCUUUACUGAGGUCUAUGGACCCUCGAUAUGUCAACACAUUUACAUGACAUAUUUCAAUGAAUCAGCUGAUCAGCUUACACAGAAUGGCUCAUUUUGAGUAGGUUGGAUUCAUGUUGCUGUGAUUGAACCGGAGACUGUCGAUUCUAAGGACUGUUGUUCUGUGAUUGUUGGGCUAUGAUGCCACCCUGAAUUGAUUGUAGUGUAGAUAUAUACGCAGCAUUGAAGGACCAUUCCUCCUCAGAUUCUCUUACUCGUAAAUAUCACCAGUUUGUGACGAAGCAUCAGUAUGUACCAAUUCAGUGUACUAUUUAUCAACUCAAUCUGCCUCAUCUUUUUAAAGGAUAAUUCUGGUUUAUUCACAUGUUGAAUUUAUUUUCAUCGUUUAAAGUAUUGGCUUGUAGAAACUGUACCAAAAAAAAGCUUCAAAGCUGAGCAAGUUCUUUGUUUCAGGUUUUAGUUCACACUGGGUUAUUUUCAUAUGUAUUUUUUUGCAAUUAGCCUGGUGAGCUAAUGAUCAGUAAUGAAUUAAGUAAAUAAAAUGUAGCUUCAUGUCUCAGGUUGGGUUUGGGGUUUAAAUUUGGCAGUACCAGUCAGGCUAAAUUGGAUCUAAUAGAAGUGGGUGUAGGCUGGUGGAGGCUGGGUUUGUUAUCAGCUUUGUGCUCCUGUUGAAAUAAAGCCAGAAUUAUCCUUCAGCUCCCUUUUGAGGAAGACAUGGAAAUUGUUGCUUUCAGCUGCCGGUUGUUUAAGAAAUAGUUGUUCCAGCAAAGACAGUGAGAGUCACAACAAUCGCUACACACAUUAUAAAACUCUGCAGAAAUAGGCUGCACUGCAUUCUGGUCUACAGAUGCUCAUGGGGAUGUUCUGAGUCUUGUUCAUCAGCCAAUAAUCCCGCUGUAGCUGCACUGGAGCAACAGGGAAAUAAGAAAAAUACACUAUUUGGCUAAAUGGUUCGGUUAUAAUAAGUUGUUUUUAAUGUUAUGCUUUUAGCCAUUACAUUUCAAUUCAUUGUUUUUUUCUUAAUCUGAAUUCAAACUCCAAGACGUUGCUGUUGACUCGACCAUUGUUUAGUGAAGAGACUUAUUAACGGUCAUUUAUAUAUCUAUGCAUGUUUCAGUGCUGGUUGUUGGUGAAGGCAGGUGAUAGUUUAUGGUGGGCUGGGGGGGUAAUUGUUAUACUGCGUAAAACAUACUCUGUUGAAGUGCAUACUUUGAACAACCACUCUUAGGUACCAAUCCAAGCAGGCAGUGUACUCCUAGUGUUGUUUAGUGUGUGUUCUGUUGCUGCCUCAUAGUGACACUAACUAAUUCUCACUCUUGGAUUAUGUUAGUGGCCCAGUCACACCACUACACAAGUCAGUAUUUGCAUUUAUCCUACUGAGUACCACUUCGUAAAUUCACACUGUUCAUCACCUGAAACCUCUUUGCUGGCACUGAGUACGGCUGGAUUAGCAGUUUAUGUCGGAUGAUAUAAAUAAAUGCAUAUGUGGAUAUAAUAAUUGAUGCCACUUAUGAUAUGUGUUUGGUUGGAACAAACAGUUUAGUGUGGUUCAUUUGAGCUGUUACGAAAGCCGCAAAUCAACCAUUGGUGCUAAUCAACUGGAUGCUCAAUCACUGAAAAUUGUGUAUUGUGCUUCUAUCCUCCUUGGACUUUGGCAAUUCAUUAAAUCAAUGAAGAAGUUUGUGACCAAAUGUUUGUCACGGUUCAGACCGAAAUAACAACAGGUGUGAAAGUGUGUAAAACAACAGUAUUAACUGAGGCAGGUCCUGGUUUGUUGCUCAAACCUCUGCUGGAGAAUGCCAGUUUGGCAUCUGUGAAGUAGUCUGGAACCCAUCUGUUCAUUUUCCAUUUUCAAGGGUGUUUUCGACAGUUGCGGAACAGACCUACAACAACCAAUCAAAACAUCGAAAAAUGUUAUGUACAGCAGCAUGGCAAACUUCAACUACAGACAUCAAGGUCAGCAGUGCUCCCACUGGUCACUCCCUUUUCAGUUACCAAGCCCACUCCAUUUUAGAAAAAUGUAGUGUUUGGGCCACCAGUUUCAAAACAGAUGGAAAUCGGUCCUGAGUGGGAGACCCAUCAGCCAGGGUGAAUAGACCUGAGGUUACUGAUUUAACUGGUUUCAAGACUAGGAGAAUGCUGCCUUUUAAUCAAAAUUAUAAAAUAAACAUUAUUUAAGAAAAAAAGAAGACAGGAGUAAAAGUUGUCUCCUCCAUUUCUGCGUUUUGAGUAUCUCCAAAUCAUUUUGUUGUGUGCCUGUUUUUGGGAUGACUGGGCACUGACAACUUUAGGUAAUAUAUUUUCAGACAUGGUAAGUUUCUGUGUUUGUGUCUUUCAACAGAGUAUGUUUUGGUCUUAAAGCUGGAUAUUCUUUUUGCUUAUCAAUCUCAAGCAGAGGACCUUUGAGGUAUCUAAGUCUUGAUGACUUAUAGCAUUUUCUACUUGUUUUUUUAAUACAUUCCUUACAUCUUUGGAACAGGAGCUUACCGUUUCUAAACCAGUCGCUCUUCAAAUGUCGAUUUCUACAUCUGUAGAUUUACAAGAUGUAAUCCUGGCUACUUCUCCAGUUCUCUUAUGCUUUAGUUAUGUAUUACUAAGUGUAUGAGAAUUUUGAGUGGUCAUCAAGACUAGAAAAGCGCUAUAUAAAUAUAAAACCAUUGACCAUAUGAGGUGUAUUUAAAUAGAGACAACAAUGGUCCAAACAAUGCAUUGCAUGCAGCUGAUUCUUCUUUUAAGAGGCAGGAAAAGGCUCAUUGCUUUACUAGAAAAAAAGCACUAGAUAGAAAUUUAUAAUCAAUGAAUUUCUGACUAACAGGAUUUCAAUAAUCCAUGACCUGGGUUUUGUUUUAAUAGUUGUGACCACCAUUAGCAUCAGUUCAGAGCACAUUUGUAGCUGCAGUUCUAACUGACCAACAGGGCAGCAACACAGCUGAUCAAACAAACUCUGACUAAAUCCACUUUGGUGUCAAAAUGAUCUAACCUCAAAACCUAACCUGGACUUUUGCACUUUGCAACACAAGUUUUGCCAUUAUUUUCCCCGCGAACAGUUUUGAUACCUGACUUAAAAGUCAGCUGGCAGAGUCGGCACAGAAUUCACAUUCAUGGUACCACUGUAUGUGACAUUGUGGCAGCAAUCGCUCUGUCCAAAAAUGCAGUUUGAGUUCCCCUACUGUUUCGCUUAGAGCAUCCAGGUUCUGAAUUAGUGAUAAGGAAUCUUUUUCUAAUUAAUAACCAUUUGGAUUUUUCUAAAACCUGACAAGGCUAAAUUAUUGAACACAUUAUUUGUGUCUUCUUUAAGACAAACAAACACUUUAGGCAAAUUAUACUUUGUCUGGUUCUAGCAGCUUCACAAUUACCUGGAGGCUGAAGGAUCCCUGUCCCUAGUCCAACAUAGGUUAUUGGGAGAUAUUUGUAUCUUCAGUCCACUCCCUGCACUUUCCAACAGAUCUUAAGAGCUGAGGCUUGCAGUGCUUAACACCGCUGACUGUUCAGAUGUGCCAGCCUUUUCCACCACAUUGUUAUGCACUUGGCACUUUUAAAAGCUGUGACCACUGCAAACACGUUUGGCUUGUACUUUGGGGAUUGAGCAGCCCAAGAGAUGUAUGUAUAGCUUUAUAUGUUGCCAACAUGCUGUAUUAUCAUGCAUACAUGGUGUGCAAGGCAACCCCCAUGUUUUUUAAUAUCUAAGCUGCUUUGCUGAGAAGCCUUAUAUUCUUUUAAGGCUUUUUAAUAGUGCAUGCAAAUAACAAUUUGCUUUAGGAACUUUUACCCAGAGUAAAGUUUCUGAACAGUUCUUGGGAAAAUAAAGUUCGUGGAAAUUUUGGUAGAAAAGCACCCAAUAAACCGAGUCUAUCCUUUAAUGUGUCAAAUUGGCAAUCUGUUCAAUUGCAGUGACUCCUACGCCUCAGGUUACAAGUUAACAGGUGACAUCAGAUUUAUUGUUCUGGUAGUUGGUAAAUGUAGUGAUGAGUCCAGACUGACUCAAAGCAUAGACCACAUUGUUUGGUAUCAUGGCUCACUGCCCACAGUCCUUAAUUUGUUCACUUGUUAUCUUAUUUUCAUAGUCUAUCAUUAAAUGUCAUCAGAACUAACUUUAAAACAAAAUUGGUCUCAAUAGUAAAAGAUGAGCGCUCAUUUUCACUUUUGUUUUUGCAUUGGCAGCAUUGAAAUUUGACCAAUUACAGUUGUAUGCAUUUGGCGCCUGUGCUGUCUUGUGAGGUCUCAAAAUGCAUCACUGGCUAAUUGAAUUGAAUAGUUUUAAUUUUGCUGAGUAGAGUCGUGGACACAAGCAGCUGUUGAAACAGGAGAAUUUAGACAUUUGUGAUAAUUUCUCUAUCAGAGCAGCCUAAUUUUAUUCAUUACCUUCUCAAUCCACUUAUUGUCCUUAUCUACAGCUUAGCAGCUUGCUCCUUUUGACGGAAAGAAAUCUAAACGCAAAAACAACAUAAGCUGUAUUCAUACUGUGAAGAAGUUAGCUGCUUGGGUAUUCAGCAAUAAAUCAUAUGUGGGAAGUUUUUGCAUUUUAUUUGUCUGAAAUGCAUAGUAAUUCAUCUGACCAGUUGUCUUUUUGGCAGGUGAUAGUUGAAGUUUACAAACCAAGUGAGUUGAACUGUACCUACCUAAAUCAGCCAGCAGAGGGCAGCAGAGUACUUUGUGAAAGGGAGAGAAGCUGUCGAUUCCAUUCUGUUUAUCAUUCAUCCGUCACUGGAGAACCACUUCACGGAAAUAUUUUAGGAACCCUGUGGUACGACUUACUGAGGCCAGUUUCCUCUUAAACAGAUACAUUUAUUUGAGAGUUUUAGUCCUCCACAUGGAACUAAACAACGAAAUUGUUCGUGCCAAUGUAUAAUGAAAAUUCUAAUGAAAUUCAAGAUGUUUAAAUUUAUUUGGGGUGUGUGUUGGAUUUCAAGAGCAGGGGUGGAUACUCUAAAUUAAUCAUAGCGAAAUUGAAGUGUUCCUUGGAUAGGUGCUAUGGUGGUGUGUAUUUUGCGAGUGUGAGGUUAUUUGAGGGUACCCCCCCAAGAAAAUUUUAUUUUUUUAAUUAAAACCAUGCUUUUUUGCUUCAUUUUGGACCAUUAUCAUUAUAAAAAAAGAAAAUGAGCUGUUUGUCACAUUACAUCGACUUUAGCAAGAAGAAAAGCAAACGGUUCUGGUCACUGAAGAGCUGUGUCCUUAAAUUCUCUUCAUAAAUAUGAUACUGGGUGAUCGCACUGUGCACCAUACAAACUAGAAGUGAAUGAGAAAUGUGCCACUCCAACCCAUUCUCCGCUUCUGGCUGUACAUGGGUUGUUUCUCAGUAGCCACAAUCCAGCUAGUGUAGAAAUUGAGUCCUCUCAAUAUCAAUUGCUCAAAACCUUUUUUUCUGUCGGUUCACAGUUUCCAGAACUUCAUUCUGAGCUCAUCAUCUGUGACGGCUUGUUUCUUGACUCUUAUGCCAAGUGCAUUUCUGCAGUAAAGACGUCAGGAGACAUUAUGGAUUUGGGUUGAAAGAUUCCCUGUAGACAUGUGAAAGCAUUUGCUAACCUUGCAACAUUACGACUACUGACAACCCAUAAUUCAACACUAUAAAGACUGUAGUUACACUGGUACUCACGUUUUUGUUAAGCCAACUCUAAUGAAAAUUGACAGUUGGACUGUACCUUGGAAUUGGGUGAUCAUAUUACAAUCCAACAGAGACUGACCACAUUACCCCUAACCCAUGAUCUGAUUGUCCGAACCUUGAACGAGUGUAAAUGCAAGUAUGUCAUCAAUCCACAUAUUACAACUCCUUGAGUGGAAAUGCAUUUUAAGUGUCGUGGUUCCAUCCCAUUGAGGUAGCAGCAAGGCAGCUAACUACUGGUGAUGGUGUUUUAAGAUUUCAAUUUCCCUGUCAUUCUCCUUUCAGAUGAGGAUCUUCUCCCUGUCCCCUUCACUUUCUGAAACGUUCAAUGUUCAAGCUUCUCACCAAUCAGCUAAUAUUUUUCUUUUUUUAGUGUUUCCUGCCACUCUCUUAACCUCAGUCAUGUAGAGACCUUUGCAAGAUGAUCGGGAUGGAACACUUACCUUCAUUGCUGUGAGAAGAAAACCCUAUUUAUAUUGUUCCCAAACUAUAUACUCAAUAGCCAAUAAUCACACAUAUGCAGAGAGCAGCAUCAGCAGAGACUGCAGAAAUUAUUUUUGCUAAGCAUUUAGCAGCUCUCUUAUUUUACUAUACAACACUUGCAGGAAUAAUCAUUUGAAAUGUGCAUUUUCAGAACUUGUGAAUAUGAAUUGUUGGUCUGCUGGUGAAACUAAACUCCACAGAUGUUUGUACUGAACACUAUAUUUUGUAACCAGAUCUAUUUUGGUGACAGGGUGUACAGAUAUUUGCAUGUAUUUUACACUCACUGUGUCACACAAUCUGAGUUAGAGAACCAUGUUUUAGUACGACAAUCUUUUACAGAAACUUUGGAAGUACUGCAAAAUAUCUAUUUGUAAAUAAAUAACUAAAUUUUA